AUGGACGCAGAAAACUGUCUUCGAGAGGCCAUAAGGACGCAGACAAUUCCGCUACACCCACUCGACAUGCUGGCUGGUUUUAUCAACAUACCAUUCAUAUUUUAUUAUGGAAAUACCUUGGACAGUGAUGCGUUUAUGCCGACGCGUGUAAUGAGAGACUCGCUUUUCAUGACGCUGGUUGAAUUUCCCAUUCUGGUUGGUCGGCUGAAAGUGGAGAGCAGUGGCAAAACAGUAGUCGUGGUCGACGAGAACAACCUCAACAUGCCUGAGCUCAAGGAGACCCAAAGCGACAUACAUUUUGACGACUUGAAAUCAGUAGGUUUCAGCUGGAGUGCUAUGCCUCAAACCACGGUCACUGUUAGAGUAUUUGCAGCUGCUGGCGACCAAGGCUGCAUUAAGUUGGUCAAUGUUCACAUUGUCAGACUCAAGGACAAUAGCGGGGUUGUUCUAUUUGUCAAUGUGCCUCAUUACGUUGUCGAUGGCAUUGGAUACUGUGCGUUUAUAAACCAGUGGGCCAAAAACAGCACCCAAUUGCAGAACGGCAUUCCAAACUCUAGUGUGCACGCUAAACCAUUUGACUAUGACCGCCAAGCUGUUUCUCGCUGCCUGUCCAGCAGCAGAUCCACUCCUGACGAUGCCGCAUAUCCCAUGUAUACAACUGAAAGCUACCUAGCUCGGUGGCUGGCUUGGCUGACGCCCGAGAGUCGUGGAAGCGUGCUUAAUGCGUUUGUAGCUUUAGAUUCAAUUGAGGCCCACGUCUUUCAUAUCCGCGCUGCAUCUAUUAACUCGCUGCACAAAUCUCUAUGUGCAGAGAUAACUGGCGGUUUGCGCAUCAGCGACAAUGACAUUAUAACAGCACUGCUCACCAUGGUUCUUGCUCAGGGGGAGAAGCAGGUUGAAACAAACAGCAGUAUUGGUGGGUUGAGCGACUGGCACAAUAUUAAAUCUGCUGUCGUUUGUGCAGCGCAAAGUGUUUUCAAGCGACAUGCAUAUAGUUGGGCAACCACAGUGACAGUGGAUAUCCGGGGCCGCGUCGACACAGCAUCUGCAACCAACUAUACUGGGAACAUGGUAAUGGGCACAGUGGUCUCCAGUCCCAUAUGUUUAGUGGAAACAGAGAUAACAGGCGAGUCCCUAACACACGUGGCAACAGGAAUUAGGCGUGCAGUUUCACGAACCGACGGUCCAUACAUUAAAAAGCUAAUUGAUGUUAUCAGCAAGGAAACUAGUAGCUAUGCACAGGCACUAGGAAUUGUGUCCAUGGGCUCGAAAAUUUUGGUCAUAACCAACCAAUCACGGUUUCCAUUGUACACGGUGGAUUUUGGCAGUGGCAUACCAGCAUGGGUCAGCCCAAUUCCAAAGUUUUACAACAACUUUGCAUCAGUGCUUCCAAGGCAUCCAUCAGCUGACGGCUACCACAUAUACAUAUCGACGCGAUCAGCAACAAUGCAAGCAGUUUUAAACAACACGUUUUGGCAAACCAUGGCGAGGCUGGUGUACUAA